ACUACACAUACAUUUCACGUAGAGGUUUAUAUAUGUGCCUAUAUUAUGUGCAAAAUAAUAUCUCCCCAAAUUUCUCAUUUUCAUAUUCUCCUUCUUUCCUAAUAACCUACAUUUCUAUUUUCUCUCUUUCUUUCUUAGCUUCUCACUAAGCCCGGCCCGCCCACUUUUAAUACUUACUAUAAAUAGUAUAUAAGUGGUUGUACACUAUAUAUCUUCCAUUCAACUAAUCCCAUUAUUUCUAAUAAUAGUAAUGUCAUGAGGUCCUAUGACCUCUAUGGUGUAUCACAUCCGGUAUCCGAUAUGGACGAGUUGAUCGGCUAUGAUCGGGUUACAUCAUGGGUCAACACGUUCGUCCCUGAACAUGUGUCAUUGCCUACUACUCUAGGGCCCGGGUCUGGCCCGGGCCUUAGUUAUAUUGAUCCAGUGCCGAAUGAGUUGAUGAAGGUGAUUGGUGACACGUGGACGGACCAGAUUGAUGAGCAGCAGCUAAGUGGGGAGAGUCAGCUAGUGUGUGACAUGGAGGAGGAUGUUGGAAUAAGGUUAGUCCAUGUUUUGUUAACUUGUGCCGAUGCACUACAACGUGGCGAAUUCCAAUUGGCGAAUUCGCUUAUUGGUGAGAUGACCAAUGGGAUGAUGACACGUGUCAAUACGGCUUGUGGGAUUGGCAAGGUAGCCGGCUACUUCAUUGAUGCUUUGAGCCGGCGCCUAUGCCACCCGGGCCUAACCGGGCCGGGCUCGGUGUCUAAUGAGGUACUCUAUCAUCACUUCUAUGAGGCUUGUCCUUACCUUAAAUUUGCUCACUUUACGGCUAACCAAGCCAUAUUAGAGGCCUUUGAAGGCCAAGCCCAUGUACACGUCAUCGACUUUAAUUUAAUGCACGGCUUGCAAUGGCCGGCUCUAAUCCAAGCCUUGGCUCUAAGGCCCGGCGGUCCACCAUCCUUAAGGCUAACCGCGAUUAGCCCAUCUACAUCAAAUGGUCAUGACUUCUUUCAUGAAACCGGGAUGAGGCUAGCCCAACUAGCUCGGUCAGUUAAUGUUAAGUUCUCAUUUCGAGUUGUUACAACAUCGCAGCUUGAGGACAUCAAGCCGUGGAUGUUCCAAACAAGUCCCGAAGAAGCUAUAGCCGUUAAUUUCAUAUUACAACUCCAUCGACUACUUAUCACAAACAUUAACCAAUUUCUCGAGUCAAUUAAAAGUCUAAACCCGAAAAUUGUUACCGUGGUAGAACAAGAUGCAAACCAUAACGUACCAGACUUCCUAGUACGUUUCACGGAAACGUUACAUUAUUAUUCCGCAAUGUUUGACUCGUUAGAGGCUUGUCAACUCGAAGCCGCUAAGCCGUUAGCCGAGACGUACAUGCAAAGGGAAAUAUGUAACAUAAUAUGUUGUGAAGGGUCGGCUAGGAUCGAAAGACACGAGCCACUAAUAAAGUGGCAAGGUCGAUUGAUCCAAGCCGGGUUUAAGGCGUUACAUAUGGGACGUAACGCCUUUAAACAAGCGAACAUGUUACUAAGUUUGUGCUCGGGCGAAGGGUAUAGUGUACAAGAGAGUGACGGGUGCUUGACUCUAGGGUGGCAUAAUCGCCCGUUAAUUGCGGCUUCUGCUUGGCAAGUGAGGACUGAUAAGGAUGGCAUUAGUUUGACUAAUGAUGGAUCAACUUCUUCAUCUUCGUCAUCAUAGUAUGACUUUAUAUAAUUAUUAAAACCAUCAUUAAAUUAUAUAUGUUUGUAAUUGUUUGGUGCAUUUUCGUUUUUUAAUCAAAGAAAUAAAAUUAAAUUCUAGAUUUAUUUCUUUUUGUUUUUCAUUAGGAUAUAGAAAAUCGUUUUAAGAAUAUUAUAUUGAUGUAUGAAUAAACAAAUAGCCACUACUUAUAAUCUACUACUUUUGCUAGGUACAAAGUACAAUAUACUUUCUCCGUUUCUAUUUACUUGAUCUAUAGCCUUUUGACACGUAAUUUAAGGAAGAGAUUAAACCUCAUUCAUCCCUCUUAUUGGUGGUUUUAUUUUAUUGUAUAAAAAAUAUCGUUUGUCUUCUUUAAUUAACUCCUUAAAUUGCGUGUUAUAGGACUAGAGAUCAAGUAAAUUAAAACGGAGGAAGUAUGUUUUUUUGAAAAGAAAUUAUAUUAUGUAAAACUUUAUUUUACACAAUACAAGACAUGAUUA